UCUAAUGAAAGGGGAUGUGGCGAUUAGUGGAUGCUGCUGUUAUUGUCCUCUAGAUGGCAGUAGUGCUGAGCACACAGUUAGCAGAGGCAUUAUCCGAGUAAAAGCUCAGAGCAAGGAAAACUCGUGUGGAGGUUCAGUGCUGAAGAAAUCACGACAACACACUCCAGCUUUUAUAUUGAACCUUCUGCUGCCAGACUGUUUAUCUGACGGACACUUCAGCUGCUUGCCUUUAUUCAGUAUAUAUUGGGGCUCAACUGUAAAUUCCUCUACAGAAGCGAUCAGGAACGCUGGACUUUGUUAUUUCAGCUGAUAUUUCGUACACAAACAGGCCUGAUGGAGGAGACACACCAUGUUAAAAUGAGAGCAAAAACAAAAUCACUGAAGAGAAAAAACAGAAAACGUGUCACCUGCACUCAGUGUGGGAAGAGUCUGGCAGACAAAGACAGUCUCAAGAUCCACAUGCGGAUCCACACUGGAGAGAGACCAUUCACAUGUUCUCAGUGUGGGAUGAGUUUCAAAGACUCAUCAGCCCUUAGAAGACACAUGUUGAUCCACACUGGAAAGAAAACACACACAUGUGAUCAGUGCGGAAAAUCAUUUAGGUUGUCUUCAGGCCUGAAUGAUCACCUUAGAGUUCAUGCAACUGAGAAGCCUUAUUCAUGCACUGUGUGUGGAAAGAGUUUUGCACAUCAAGUAAAUUUAAGAAGACAUCAGAAGAUCCACAACAGUGUGAGAGAGUAUGUGUGCUCUGAGUGUGAGAAGACCUUUGUUACAGCUGCAAACUUACAACAACACCAGAUGAUUCACAGUGGAGAAAAACGAUACAAGUGUUCACACUGCGACAAGAGAUUCAGUUGGUUAGGAUGCCAGAAAACACAUGAGAGGACUCACACCGGAGAGAAACCAUACAAGUGUUCACACUGCGACAAAAGAUUCGGUCGGUUAUCAAAUAUGAAAAUACAUGAGAGGAUUCACACUGGAGAGAAACCUUAUCCGUGUUCACACUGCGACAAAAGAUUCAGUCAGUUAAGAAACCUGAUAACACAUGAGAGGAUUCACACUGGAGAAAAACCUUAUCCGUUUUCACACUGCGACAAGAGAUUCAGUCAGUUAGUAAGCCAGAAAUCACAUGAGAGGACUCACACUGGAGAGAAACCUUAUCCGUGUUCACACUGCGACAAGAGAUUCAGUAAGUUAAGAAGCCUGAAAACACAUGAGAGGAUUCACACUGAAGAGAGACCGUACAGCUGUUCACACUGCGACAAGAAAUUCAGUAAGUUAAGAAGCCUGAAAACACAUGAGAGGACUCACACUGGACAGAAACAAGUGAGAUUCAGUCAGUCAGAAACAUUGAAAAACACACAAGAGUGUCACAUCUGAGAGUAA